AUGUCUCUCAAGGUGAUCCUCGUUGCGUGUGUGGCCGCUGUGGCUCUGGCCGAUAAGGCUCCUGUGCACCAUCUGCCACCUGUUUACACCGCACCCACGUACCACGCUCCCGAACCCGUGUACCAUGCCCCUGCCCACUACAAGGAGCCAGAGUACCCCACCGUACCCCCGAAGUACAACUACAACUACGGCGUCGCCGACGGCUACUCCGGCGCCAACUUCGCUGCCUCGGAGUCCCGCGAAGGCUACAAGACCGAGGGCAGCUACACCAUCCCACACCACAUAAUGGUUUCCUCGUCUCAAGAGCUACAAUAUAUUUGUAGUGAAAAGUCUAUCCACGUCUGUGAUUCCCGAGCUUUUCUGAAGGAAAACUCGAAUCUAUAUUUCCAUAUUCCAGGAAUCGCAGAGGAUGGAGACCACUAUAUAAAGGACUGA